GCGGCGGACGGGUUUUAACUUUUGUGUCUCUUCUUUCCCCCUUGAAAGUCUUAAAAAAAAAAAAAAAAAUGUCCCAACACGUCGAAAACGGGUCCCCGUGUCGGGGCCGCGUGCUCACUUUGGACACCAUGAACCCCAACGUUAAGCGCGUGGAGUACGCGGUCCGAGGUCCCAUCGUGCAGCGCGCGGUGCAGCUGGAGAAGGAGCUCGCAGAGGGAGCACAGAAACCUUUCAAAGAGGUGAUCAGAGCCAACAUCGGAGAUGCUCACGCCAUGGGACAAAAGCCAAUCACAUUUCUCAGACAGGUCUUGGCUCUGUGUUGUUACCCUGAACUGCUGCAGGACAACAAGUUUCCAGAGGACGCCAAGAACAGAGCGCGAUGUAUUCUCAAGGCCUGCGGAGGCCAGAGUAUAGGAGCCUACAGCAUGAGUCAGGGCAUUGAGUGCAUCCGUCAGGAUGUUGCGUGUUACAUAGAGAAGAGAGACGGCGGAAUCCCGUCCAACCCUGAUAACAUCUACCUCACUACUGGUGCCAGUGAUGCCAUUGUGACCAUACUGAGGAUCCUGGUGUGCGGCGUGGGCUGCGACCGCACUGGGGUCAUGAUCCCCAUCCCGCAGUACCCGCUGUACUCUGCCACCCUGACAGACCUCAACGCCGUGCAGGUCCAUUAUUACCUGAAUGAAGAGGAGUGUUGGAGUCUGGACGUCACGGAGCUCAGGAGAGCGCUGACUGAAGCCAGGCAGCACUGCAGUCCCAGAGUCCUUUGUGCCAUCAACCCCGGCAACCCAACUGGUCAGGUUCAGAGCAGACGCUGCAUAGAAGACGUCAUCCGAUUUGCUAGAGAUGAGCAUCUUUUCCUGUUGGCUGAUGAAGUUUACCAGGAUAACGUAUAUGCAGAUGGUUGUGAGUUCCACUCCUUUAAGAAGGUGUUGUUUGAGAUGGGACCAGAGUUCUCCAGCACCGUAGAACUCGCCUCCUUCCACUCUGCAUCCAAAUGCUACAUGGGCGAGUGUGGGUUCCGCGGCGGUUACAUGGAGGUGGUGAACUUGGACCCCGAGGUGAAGAUGCAGCUCACCAAACUGGUCUCUGUGCGUCUGUGCUCCCCCGUCCCCGGACAGGCGCUGAUGGACCUGGUAGCUAACCCCCCGCGUCCCGACGAGCCCUCAUAUGCCUUAUUUGUCAAGGAGCGCUCGGCGGUGUUGGCGGCAUUGGCGGAGAAGGCGAAGCUAACAGAGGAGACCUUCAACGCAAUACCCGGGAUCACCUGUAACCCUGUUCAGGGCGCCAUGUACACCUUCCCCCGCAUCACGAUACCUCCGAAAGCCAUCGCCAAGGCAGAGGAGGAAGGUUUGCAUCCAGACAUGUUCUAUUGCAUGAGGAUGCUGGACGAGGAGGGAAUCUGUCUGGUGCCCGGCAGCGGAUUCGGACAAAGAACCGGAACGUUCCACUUCAGGAUGACCAUCUUACCUCCAACUGAGAAACUGAAAGUUGUUCUGGAGAGAAUCGCAGCGUUCCAUCAGCGCUUCACCAGAGAGUUUUCAUAGUGUCCCUGAGACUUUCAGCAACACCUCACGUGCCUUGACGGGAGGCGGCAGGAUGCACCACUGGCACGUCUCUUCAGCAGUUUUGAGGAAACUAACAGGAGGCAACACCAUGCAGAUUUCCUGCUUGUGCACAUGGCAGCUGCAGCGAUGGAAUCACUAACUUGCACUUUUCCGAAAACGUCCAGUAUUUAAGGAAAGGUUCCAGUCAGUGGUCUAUAACGUCCAAUUAGAUUCUUAGUUUUCUUUUAAUCAGUUGUUUAGUGUCACCGCAGCAACAUGAUUGUCCUGAACUCUGCAAGAUUUAAAGGUUUUAAUUUUACAGAUGAAGGGAAAAUGUUUAAUGUAAAUCAGU